CUGAGAACUUGGAAAGAUGGCGGCGGAAUCGAACGAGGCAGAAAUCGAAACGGGCUUGUGUCUCGCUUCAAAAGAGGAGACCUCCAGUUCAGGCACCAUGGAUGCACCCCAGGGGAGAUGCAGCAGGACCCCCUCGGAGGAGUUUGGCAAAGAGGAUGUUGAAGAUGGGAAGAGUGGAGAGGAGUCGGAGGGCGAUGGCAGCCCCGAAAAAGCGGAGCCAGGCCGCAGACCCCGGGCAAGGAGCAGCGGGCCUUCUUCCAAAGGCAGCAGUGACGGGGACUCGAGUGACGAAGACAGUGACGGCAGCGAGGACAGUGACGCAGGUGGCCGCCACAGGAUGAAGAGCAGGGUGGCUCACAUCCGGCAUGGCUUAGGUGAUGACAGCAGGGACCAACGUGGGAGCUCCUCCCCAGAGAAAAGGGAUGGUGACCCGCGAUCGCGGUCUAGAUCGCGUUCCAGGCCCCGGUCCUUUCACAGCCGGGAGAGGGAGAGGUCUGAAGAUCGGGACCGGUGGUACCAGAGGGGACGCCGUGGGACUGACAGAAACAGCGACAGAGAACGGUAUCCUAGCAGGGACUGGGAUCGGGAGCGCUACCGUGACCGCGAGCGGGACCGGGAACGCUACGAGCGCCGUUCUAGCAGAGACAGGGAAAGGAGCCGCAGAGAGCGCUCUAGCCGAGAGAGGGAGGUGGAGUCUAGGAGGAGGGGCAGGUCACCCUCCCCGGCCCAGCUGGAUGGUCCCCCGACAGAGGAGCCUGCGGUGAAGAAGAAGAAAGAGGAGCUGGACCCCAUUUUAACUCGGACAGGCGGGGCUUACAUUCCCCCCGCGAGACUGCGCAUGAUGCAGGCCCAGAUCACAGACAAGGCCAGUCUGGCUUACCAAAGGAUGAGUUGGGAGGCUUUGAAGAAGUCAAUCAACGGUCUCAUUAACAAGGUGAACGUCUCCAACAUCGCCAACAUUAUCCACGAGCUCCUACAGGAGAACAUUGUGAGGGGGAGGGGGCUCCUGGCCCGCUCCAUUCUACAGGCCCAGGGCGCAUCUCCCAUUUUCACCCAUGUCUACGCAGCUGUGGUGGCCAUCAUCAACUCCAAGUUCCCCCAGAUCGGAGAGCUCAUCCUGAAGAGGCUGAUCCUUAAUUUCCGCAAGGGUUACCGUAGGAAUGACAAGCAACAGUGUUUGACAGCAUCCAAGUUUGUCGCACACCUCAUCAAUCAGAAUGUGGCUCACGAGGUCCUGUGCCUCGAGAUGCUGACCCUACUGUUGGAGCGACCCACGGACGACAGCGUGGAGGUGGCCAUCAGCUUCCUGAAGGAGUGUGGUCUCAAGCUGACUGAGGUCUCCCCAAGAGGCAUCAAUGCCAUCUUCGAGAGGCUGCGCAACGUCCUCCACGAGUCAGAGAUCGACAAGCGUGUUCAGUACAUGAUUGAGGUGAUGUUUGCGAUCCGCAAGGAUGGCUUCAAGGACCACCCUGUUAUCUCAGAAGGGCUGGACCUGGUGGAGGAGGAUGACCAGUUCACUCAUAUGCUCCCGUUGGAGGACGACUAUAACCCAGAGGACGUCCUAAAUGUUUUCAAGAUGGAUACCGACUUCCUCGGAAACGAGGAGAAGUAUAAAGAAAUUAAAAAGGAGAUCCUGGACGAGGGGAGCAGCGGCUCUGGCUCCGGCGAUGACGGGGAAGGCAGCGACGAAGACGAAAAUGACGAGGAAGCGGAGGAGGAGGGCGGAGAUGAACAAGACAAAGUCACCAUCUUUGACAAGACAGAAGUAAAUCUGGUUGCGUUUCGCAGAACCAUCUACCUUGCCAUCCAGUCCAGCUUGGACUUUGAAGAAUGUGCUCACAAACUAAUAAAGAUGGACUUCCCUGAGAGCCAAACGAAAGAGUUAUGCAACAUGAUUCUGGACUGCUGUGCCCAGCAGAGGACCUAUGAGAAGUUCUUUGGACUUCUGGCUGGGCGUUUCUGUCUGCUGAAGAAAGAGUACAUGGAAAGUUUUGAAGCCAUAUUCCAGGAGCAGUAUGAAACCAUUCAUCGCCUCGAGACCAACAAGCUGCGAAACGUUGCCAGAAUGUUUGCGCACCUUUUGUAUACAGAUUCGAUUCCAUGGAGUGUGCUCGAGUGCAUAAAAAUGAGUGAAGACACCACCACCUCCUCCAGUAGAAUCUUUGUGAAGAUCCUGUUCCAGGAACUCUGUGCCUACAUGGGCCUUCCGAAAUUGAACGAACGUCUGAAGGAUCUCACAUUGCAGCCAUUCUUUGAGGGCCUCUUUCCACGAGACAAUCCUAGGAACACAAGAUUUGCGAUCAACUUCUUUACCUCCAUCGGUCUGGGUGGCCUUACGGAUGAGCUCCGUGAGCACCUGAAGAAUGCGCCCAAAAUGAUCAUGACACAGACACAGGAGGUAGAUUCCUCGGAUUCCGACUCCUCCUCCUCAGAUAGCACAUCCUCAGACAGUAGCAGUGACAGCGACAGCAGCAAUGACUCUUCCAGCGAGUCCCCAUCUGAGUCCUCAUCUGACAGCAGUAGCAGCAGCUCAGACUCAGACGCAAGACGGAAGAAGAAGGUCCACAGUAAGAAGGACAUGCGUGCUGGGAAACCCCCGUUUGAGGAACAGUCCAGCAGAAGGCACAAGAACCGGGCCCAAGAUGCCAUUAGCGAGGACCAUUAUCAGGCCUCCCGCCACAGGGAACGGGAGCGCGACCUGGAACAGCACACCCACAUCGACCGUAGCCGUGAUCGUGACCACGCAGACCACAACCGGGACAACCGUGACCGUAUCGAUCGGGAUGACCGAGACCGAGCUGACCGUGGGCACGACAACGUGGAUCAGCCCCGUAAGCACGACAACGUGGAUCAGCCCCGUAAGCACAACCGGGAUCGUGACAACAGGCACCUGGACUCGCAGAAGCCCAGCAACAGUGUGAGAAAUGGCUCCCGCUCGCAGAGGGACAGAGAGGAACACAGGAUUCGGGAGAAGGAGCCCGAGAGUCGCAGCAGACAGAGGUCAAAGUCAAGAGAGAGGAGCCGUAAGGAAGCCGACUCCAGGGACUCGCACAGGAACGGUGUGGAGAGGUCGGACAAGGAAAACCAGCACUCCGACAGGUACAGAGAGUCGAGGAGGAAUGAGGAGCGCAGCAGAGACAGCUCUCCCAGAAGGCGGAGAUAGCCUGAGGUGGGGGCGGAGCAAGCAAGUCAUUGCAAACUAGAGUACUAGUAAAUUUGACCAGCUGGUGGUUUAUCCCCAUGUAGUUUAACGUAAAACUUUUCCUCCCUUCUAAAAAAAAAAAAAAAAAAAAAAAAAAGCAUUGCCUUGAAUUAAGUUUUUGUAAAAUGUCAAGAAAAAUGUUGCUUAAAACUAAUGAAAAGUAAGUUUUGCUUUAAGAGAAAUUUAUUUGGGGGUUUUUAGGGUCUAGAGUGCUGCUCUAGAGGGCCUGGAGUUUGUCAACAUUUCUUUGUAUUGCGCAAAACGGAGUAAAAGCACCCUUAAGCGCUGUUGAUUUGGGGACUGCGUUGUUCAGAAUAUUGGGGGAAUUACUGGAACCUUUGUUACAAAUUUGGAAGCAAUAUUAUUUUUUGUAAAGGGAAUAUGUUUUGUAAAGGGCACACUAGUCAUGCAAAAGUUUGCUCACAGUAGUUUACCAUUCUGUGAAGAAGGAAACACGGUUCCUUAAUUUGUGCCUGCUGUACAGCUUUCAGAGUUUCUCCUUGGAUAACAAAGUCCUUCGCUGGUGCCCAAGAGGACAUUUUACCUGUUCAAACAUUUAUUUGUAAUACAGAAUCACAUGAUUAUUAAUCAUAUCACCCUGCAAUCUGAUAGUAAGUAGAAAAAGUACAGAAAAGCUCAGUGCAGGUUUUAAGGUAUUAGAAACUAGGCUGAAUUGGGCAUUGAAUAGCAGUUGUGUACAUUUCUGGAAAAAAAAAAAAAAAAGAAUAGGGAUUGAUUUGUGAUUCCUGCCAAUUGGGAAUGUUUCUAAUACAAGUAUGGAAGGUACUUGACUGAUUUGUAAAGUGAAUUGAUCAUGUCACUCUUUGGGGGGUUUGUAUGUAAAGGCUUGUGAAAGAUGCUCAUCUGACUGAGUAGUUUAUAACGAUAUUUGUUCUCUGUGUCUCAGUGCUGAAAUGAAUGGACCAGCGGACACACUCACAAUACCGACUACUUUGACUUUGUACGUUGCUUGUGGCAGUUUUUUCUUUCCAUCCCAUGAAAUUGGAAAGUUUUCUUGUGUAUCUUACUAUAUUUCUCAUUUAUUUGGUGUACUGUCUUCAAACAAUUUUAUAUACAUAUAUAUAAAUUUGCUGCAUUCAGUGAACAGUUUUAAUGAAUGUGUAGUAUUU